CUGACCAUCGACAAGCUCAUUCUUCUCGACCCAGCCGGCGGUAUGCCCAGCUCAGCACGAAGAGCCGGAUCGCACGUUCUCAUCAAUCUUGCCCAAGAGACUGAAUCGCUGCAGGAAGAACUUCGAAAGCAAAACGGGCCAGAAGAGGCCUCACGCCAUCUUCGCAAUCUAUCGUUGUGCCAAGACUGUCUUGGAUACUUGGCACAUACCGCUUCAGCAGUGAUCACAACGCCAACCAUUGCAGGUAGCGGACCUGGAGAGCAGCAUCCGCUGAUACACAACUUACUGACUGAUAAGCCCAUGAUAUCGCCUUCUUUGCCGAAAUUGAGUGAUCGAACGCCUGCGACUGCCACGACUGUCUUGCGUCUUGGCACGCCUGUUCGGGUGUUGCGCGAUGUUGACUUGCGAGGACCGGCAGUCGAUCUUCCACGGCUCGUUGCGCUCAUCAACGACUCUUUUGGUCGUAAGCUGGAUACAGAGGCAUACCUUGAACGCUUGCAAGGUACUGCUGCUGCACUCAUCAUUGCAGGAGACUAUGAUGGUGCAGCCAUCGUGACGUAUGAGCACACCCGGGAUGCAACACGACCCGUACCGUAUCUCGACAAGUUUGCCGUCUUACGAGCCAAGCAAGGAGCCGCAGGGGUGGCUGACCUUCUCUUCAAUGCCUUGAUUCAGACAUUUCCCGAUGAAUUGCUUUGGCGCUCGCGAGCCAAUAACCCUGUCAAUAAGUGGUACUUUGAACGAGCAAAAGGCACAUCCAGCAUUGAUGGGACGCACUGGAAGUUAUUUUGGACA